AUGGAAUCUGAUGUUGAAGCUCAAGUUAACCUUAUCAAUUACUGUAGCAUUACUCCAAAGAAAUUUGAAAAACUUCGGCAUGAAACAAAAAGAGAUAAAGAGUUACAGUCACUGAUUAAUAUAAUAAAGGAAGGUUGGCCAGAACAGAAAAACAUGAUAGAUCCACUAGUCAAACCAUAUUGGAAGUUUCGUGAAGACCUGAGUGAGGUGAGAGGCAUAGUAUGUAAAGGUGAACAAAUAGUUAUUCCCAAGAGCAUGAGAGCAGAGACAAUUGAUAGACUACAUUAUAAUCACAUGGGAAUCAGUAAAACAUUAUGGAGAGCAAAAGAACAUGUCUUUUGGCCGUUCAUGGAAAAAGAAAUAAUUGAUGUUGUCAGGAACUGUCCAGCAUGUCUAAAGUAUCAAAAUUCAAAUCCGAAAGAAACGCUUAUUAACAGAGAACUGUCCACAAGACCGUGGGAAAUUGUCACAACUGAUAUCUGUCAUUUAUUUGGUAAAGACUAUCUACUAGUAGUAGAUACAUUUUCACGAUUCCCAGAAGUUUAUUGUAUGAAUCAGAACACCACUCAUUCCAGAAUAGUUGAAGCUAUGAAAUCGAUAUUUUCCAGACAUGGCAAGCCAGAAAUUAUAUACUCAGGUAAUGAUACCCAGUUUGUAAACAAACAUUUUCAACAAUUUCUAGAACACUGGGAAAUAACACAUAAGACAAGCUCUCCACGAAACCCUCAGUCUAAUGGUUUUAUUGAACGGCAUGUGCAGACUAUCAAAAAAUUACUUAAGAAAGCAGUCUAUGACUCAAAGGACAUUUAUCUGACCUUGUUGGAAUACAGAAAUACACCUUUAGGUCGAGGUAUUCCAUCCCCAGCACAACUUCUUUAUGGUCGUAGGUUGCGAGGGCAAGUGCCCACAAGGAAUAAUCUCUUGAAACCCAGAAUAGUUGUAGACAAAUUUAGAAAAAACCAUUUGCAAAGACAACAAAUACAGAAACACUAUUUCGACAGAAAUGCUAGAGACCUAACAGCAUUAAAUCCACAUGACCGAGUGAUGAUCCAAAUUGAUAAAAGAAACUGGGAGCCUGGUGAAAUAAUAGAAAUAGACAGAUAUCGACCAAGAUCUUAUAUUGUGCGCAUAGACAAAGAUGGUAAAUACUUCAUUUGUAACCGAAGAUUUUUAAGGAAGUUCAAUGUGAAUAGAUUUAGAAACAUACAGAAUCAUUCAGGCGAAUUGUUGGAUCAACCAAUUGAGGAUGAACAGGCCAGUGAACAAGGGGAAAACAUGGAUAGCAGUAGAGAGAACUUCAGUGGUAGAGAGGAAAAGGACAUGGAGAAUGAGCAGUUGGAAAAUCAGGAGGUGAGCGGCAAUGAGGCUACGGACUUGACAACUCGAUCAGGCCGGGUGAUCCGUAGGCCAUCACGUUUCAAAGACUUUGUGUAA